AAUUAUAGGCACAAGAUAUGGCGAAGAAGAAAGGAACAGAUAUCAACGAAUUGAAGCAGGAGGUCCAGAUGGAUGAGCAUCAAAUCCCAAUGGAGGAGCUGCUGAAGCGUUUGGACUCCGAUAUUGAUAAUGGACUCACCGCUUCGAAAGCUGCUAGGGUAUUGGCGAGAGAUGGUCCGAAUGCGUUAUCACCACCAAAAACAACUCCGGAAUGGGUGAAGUUCUGUAAGAAUUUGUUCGGUGGGUUUGCAUUAUUGCUUUGGGCAGGCUCAUUCCUUUGCUACGUUGCUUACGCAGUCGACUAUUUUAGCGUGGAAUAUUCAACCAAGGAUAAUUUGUAUCUCGGCAUUGUACUGAUGACCGUGGUAGUAAUCACUGGCUGUUUCCAGUACUAUCAAGAAAGUAAAAGCUCGAAAAUUAUGGAAUCAUUCAAGAAUCUCGUCCCAACUUUUGCUUUAGUACAUCGUGAUGGUGAAAAGCAGCAAGUGCAUACGGAAGAGCUGGUAGUAGGUGACAUUGUUGAGGUGAAAGGUGGUGAUCGUGUUCCCGCUGACCUUCGCAUCAUUUCUGCAUCGGGAUUCAAAGUGGACAAUUCAUCGCUUACUGGAGAAUCGGAACCACAGGCCCGUUCUCCGGAAUGCACCAAUGAAAAUCCUUUGGAAACAAAAAAUGUUGCUUUUUUCUCGACUCACGCUGUGGAAGGUUCUUGCAAAGGCAUUGUAAUCUACACGGGCGACCGAACCGUUAUGGGUCGUAUCGCUCACUUAGCUUCUGGUUUGGAUACGGGCAAAACGCCAAUAGCGCGUGAAAUUGAACAUUUUAUCCAUCUGAUUACUGGUGUGGCUGUUUUUCUUGGUGUUACCUUCUUCAUCAUUGCUUUUAUUCUGGGGUAUCACUGGUUGACUGCUGUUGUCUUUCUGAUCGGUAUCAUUGUGGCGAAUGUUCCGGAAGGAUUGAUUGCUACCGUGACAGUUUGUUUGACACUGACAGCAAAACGUAUGGCAUCCAAGAAUUGUUUAGUAAAGAAUUUGGAAGCUGUGGAAACUCUUGGCUCUACAUCCACCAUCUGUUCGGAUAAAACUGGAACACUGACACAAAAUCGAAUGACCGUGGCACAUAUGUGGUAUGACUUAACAAUAGAAGAAUGUGAUACUACAGAAAAUCAGUCAGGAGCACAGCAGGUUAUGGCUGAAGGUAGUACGCUGGCAUCUCUUACUCGCAUUUGCACCCUCUGUAAUCGAGCUGAAUUUCGACCUGGGCAGGAGGAUGUCCCAAUCCUUCGCCGUGAAUGUACUGGUGAUGCUUCUGAGAUUGCUUUGUUAAAGUACUGUGAAUUGACUCUUGGUAAUGUCUCUGGUUAUCGUGCGAAAAAUCGAAAAAUAGCCGAAAUUCCUUUCAAUUCAACGAAUAAAUAUCAGGUAUCUAUUCAUGAAGUCGAUGAUGCGGACAAAUCAUAUCUUCUUGUAAUGAAAGGGGCUCCGGAAAGGAUUCUGGAUCGAUGUUCAACUAUUAUGCUGAAAGGAGAAAUACAUCCACUAGAUGAGGAUCGUCGAAAACGAUUCGAGGAAGCUUACUUACAGUUGGGUGGUAUGGGUGAACGUGUCCUCGGAUUUUGUGAUUAUCGCCUCGAUAUUGCAAAAUACCCUAGAGGAUAUGAAUUCAAUGUGGAAGAAGUAAAUUUUCCAGUUGAGGGUUUAUGUUUCAUUGGCUUGGUGUCAAUGAUUGACCCUCCGCGAGCUGCUGUACCAGAUGCUGUUGCCAAAUGUCGAUCUGCUGGUAUCAAAGUUGUCAUGGUUACUGGAGACCAUCCAAUCACAGCUAAAGCCAUUGCCAAAAGUGUCGGAAUCAUUUCGGAUGGAUCAAAAACUGUCGAAGACAUAGCGAUCGAGCGUAAUUGUGCAGUAGAAGAAGUGAAUCCGAAUGAUGCGGACGCGGCAGUAAUCCAUGGAUCAGAUUUGCGUGAAAUGAACGAGGAACAGCUUGCCGAUAUUAUCGCUCAUCAUCGUGAAAUUGUCUUUGCACGUACGUCGCCGCAGCAAAAACUAAUGAUCGUGGAAGGAUUUCAACGUCAAGGACAAAUUGUCGCUGUUACGGGUGAUGGUGUCAACGAUUCUCCUGCACUGAAGCGAGCAGACAUUGGUGUCGCUAUGGGAAUAGCUGGUUCUGAUGUUUCCAAACAGGCAGCUGAUAUGAUUCUCUUGGACGAUAAUUUUGCAUCGAUUGUGGUUGGAGUUGAAGAAGGUAGAUUAAUUUUCGAUAACCUGAAGAAAUCGAUUGCCUACACAUUAACAUCAAAUAUUCCGGAAAUAUCGCCAUUUCUUACUUAUAUCUUGUUCGGUAUUCCGUUGCCUUUGGGAACAGUAACAAUCUUAUGCAUUGAUCUUGGAACGGAUAUGUUACCAGCUAUAUCGCUUGCAUAUGAAGAAGCUGAAUCGGAUAUCAUGAAACGCCAGCCACGCGAUCCAGUGCAUGACAAACUUGUCAACGAACGGUUGAUUUCGUUGGCGUAUGGACAAAUCGGAAUGAUUCAAGCAUCGGCUGGUUUCUUCACGUACUUCUGGAUUAUGGCUGACAACGGAUUCUGGCCAAGUCGUUUGUACCAAUUGCGUGCUCAGUGGGACUCCCGUGCAUUUAAUUCUUUAGAGGAUUCAUAUGGGCAGGAAUGGACAUAUGCAAACCGUAAAAUCCUGGAGUAUACAUGUCAAACAGCAUAUUUUGUGUCCAUUGUGGUGGUUCAGUGGGCUGAUCUGAUUAUUUCGAAAACAAGACGCAAUUCUUUGGUGCAACAAGGGAUGAGCAAUUGGACAUUGAACUUCGGUCUCGUCUUUGAAACUGCUCUUGCUGCGUUCAUGUGUUACUGCCCAGGGCUAGAUAAAGGUCUUCGUAUGUAUGGUCUUCGGUUUUCGUGGUGGUUCCCAGCAUUGCCAUUUUCUAUCCUGAUCUUUGUAUACGACGAGGCUCGACGUUAUUACAUUCGACGAUACCCCGGCGGGUGGGUUGAGCGUGAGACGUACUACUAAUUCAUGAAGGGAAUACCUCAGUUUUACUGUUUUUCAGAAUUAUUCCAGUCAGAGUAGAUCAUUUCUUCAAUUUAGGAUGCUCAUAUGAUGUUUCUUUACCAUAAACUAGAAAAUUUUUGAAGCAAGAUUUCCAAAAGUUAAUUUCCACUUUCCUAUUUAUUUUUACUAAGA